AAGCAUAUAUAAAUAAAAUUCGAGACCGAUUAAACGUCCAAUAGUUUAAACAGCUCCUUAAUCAUGUAGAAUAUACUCGGAAUUGUUGACAUAAUUCAGCUGAAUAUAUGGUUGAUGCUAUUUUUAUGGACCUUGAACGUAAAUAGAACUUUAUUUUGAUGUUCAACGCAAUGAUGCUUAUCUUAACGAUAUGGUUGUUGCCUUGGUUGAUAGCAGGAAAUAUCAAAUGGACUUUACAAGGAAAUCCGGCAAUAUUUGGGACUAAUAUUCAUUUGAUUUGUCAUUUGCCGAUGGAUGCAUGUUGCAACGAUUAUAGAAAAUGGAAUGCUGGGAACCAGUACAAUCUUAUAAUAAUAAAUGGCUUGUCGUACAAUUCAUCAAAAUAUAUAGAAGAAUUAAAAGAAAAAGACAAAGUUUCUGUUUUGACAAUACUUUCUUUUAGCGAAGAGGACAUAGGUAUACCAUAUGAAUGUGUGUACGGUUUCCAAAAGUAUCGAUCUGUACUUGAACUGUCGGAAGAUAUAUUUGAAUUUCAUCCUACAGAAAAACUACCGGUAAUACCAACAGUGAGAGGAUACAAUUUAAGCUUUGAUAUUCAGUUCAUAAAGGUGUUUCCAAUACCUUUCUGUCAAGCGGUAUUAGGAAUGCAAAACGUAUCAUCUUUUUUAUUUGUUAAUGUAAAGAGAAAUGAUUUAUUUUACGAGUUAUCUCUGAAAUUUAAAUACUCAAGUUCGGGUACGACAUGUAAAGAUUCACUAACGGUCGUGUGUACAGUAGGAAAAACAGUAUUUACAGUGGUUAAUUACAAAGCUUGCCAUUCGCCUGAUGCUAAAGAUAUAAGUUGGAUGGCUUUAGAUGUGAUUUUAAAUGUUGUAGCAGUGGCUAUGAUAUUCGUAGCCAUAUACUUUGUGUGGAUAGCUACAAGAAAUCGACCCGGAGGUAUUCUGGAGCAGCUGAGAGAAGACAACGAGGUACUACAGACUUUAGCGUCUUGAAGACAGAAUAAUAUAAACAAAUGUGCAUCUUUUUUUAUCCUACUUUUUUCUGUUAUUGCCCGAAUUAAUUCUCGAAUAAAAUGUUGGUUUAA